ACGACUGGGAGCGGCGGCGGGCGCAGCGGAGCCGGAGCCGGAGCCGAAAUUCCAGGGGGUCAGAGCCGGGAUGCAGCGAGCCGGUCAGACGCUAACGCCAGGAGCCCCGGGCGCCGGGAAGCCCCUGACCUGCCCAACCUGCGGGGACCACUUCAUGCGGCCUCACGCCCUGCAGCAGCACCAGCGCAUCCACGCCGGCCAGCGGGCACUGCCGGAGAUGAGCUUCACUCGGACGGCGGCACUGGGUUCCUUCCAGCUGUGCAACAACGGCGAGCGUUUCUCCGUCUGCGACGUCUGCGGGAAGGGCUUCACCGUGGCGGCUCUGCUGGCGCGGCACCAGGAGGCGCACACCGGCGAGGAGCCGCUCUCCUGUGGCCGCUGCGGGCAGACGUUCGCCCUGGCUGCCAACUACCGGCGGCACCGGCUCACGCACUGCCACAGCCGGGCGCACCUCUGCGGCGUCUGCCACCUCCGCUUCGGUGACCGCCAGCAGCUGGAGCUGCACUGCCGGCGACACGCCCUGCAGUUCUCCUUCGUCUGCCGGCGCUGCGGCCAAGGCUUCAGCCGCAGCCACUACCUGGACCGCCACGCCCGGCUGCACGAGGCCGAACAGACACCGCCGCCGGCGCCACCGUCCCCCCAGGGCCCGGCACCCGCCCCGGCUCCUGCCGCCGGCGUCGGCACCGCCCCCUCGCCCUCCUUCAUCUGCCACCUCUGCGGAGACAGUUUCGGCCGCUGGUGCAGCCUCCAACAGCACCGCUGCGCACAGCCUGAUCCCACCGGACGGCCGGAGGAGGAGCCAGGAGCAGCGGGAAGCCCCGACAAGUGAGCCAGAGGGGAGGCACCCGGUGGAAAGGGCAGGAGGAAGACUGAAGCUGGGCACGUCACCAGCUGCUCAUGCUCGGCGCCGACACUUCACCACCAGGGCCGAGCCGCAGAGGAGGCCUUUCAGCAAUGGGAAGGCCGGAGCGACCGGACUCAUCCGGAAUUUUGGGAGGCUGGAGGGGAGAAGGGUGUGUUGUCUGUGUGAAUUGUUCAAGGAUAGGACUCAAAUAAAGGCCAGAGUGAAGCGAUAGAGAUUUA